AUGAGACUUCCACCGCCAUCCACGCCGACCCAACUUCUGCGUCUUCGGCUGACGAGAUCCGCUCUGUCCAGAUCUGCUGUUUCCACCACUUCCCCCCUUGCUACCUCUACGUGUCCUUCGAGUCGACGAACUGUUAGCACCAAAGUUAGGGCAGCGGCGAUCACUCCAGGUCCCCGGUUCCAAUCCCUCCUCUUCCCUCCUUCCACCGUUACCACCACCACCACCACCACCACUACCGCCUUCUUUAGUCGCAACAACCUCUCGACUAGUACUACUACCGUCAAUAAGCGAGAUCAAACAGUAAAACCAACAGCCACCCUUGCGCCUAGUACACCCGUUGUCCUUCGCGCUUCUGUAACCGGUCUCGGUCUCCUCUUUGUCCUUGGUCUAGGUCUCGGCUACGGUAUCACCGGUUUCCUCGGUCAAAAGUCUACCGAGCAGCAGGAACUUCCGUCCGAAGCCUCUUACACCACCAUCAAAAACAACAUCCAAGACAUUCUUGACGACGAGUCCUCCACCACAAACAUGUCUCGAGAAAUCGCCCCCGGCCGCCCCGGCAACCUCACUCCCGAGCAAGAGGAAAAGCUCAAGCAACUAUGGAAGCUGAUCUUCCAAGUCUGCGGCGUCUCCUCGCCUUCCCCCUCCUCCGAGUCCAGCGCUCCCGCUGCUACCUCCGACGAUGUGAGCGUCAAGGGCGAUGACAAGAAAAAGAAGAGCAAGCUUUCCAUGUUCUCGCGCAAGCAAAAGAAGGACUCAGACGACACCACCACCGACAGCGCCUCCACGGCCUCGGGUUCCACGCCCGGCUCCCCCGCCAUUGUGCUCAACGCCUCCACCACCUCGGGCGACGACGACAAGUACAACCAGCUGUCCAAGUUCCACGAGACGCUCGCCUCUCAGUCGCCUGCCGCCAUCCGCGAGACGAUCUGGUCCAUGGUCAAGCACGACCACCCGGACGCUCUGGUGCUGCGCUUCUUGCGCGCGCGCAAGUGGGACGUGGAGAAGGCGCUGGUCAUGUUCAUUUCUACCAUGAACUGGCGCGACAACGAGAUGAAGGUGGAUGCGGACAUUAUGCGCUCUGGCGAGGGCGGGGCGGCGGAAGCGGAGAAGAUGGAGGCUAAGACAUCGGAAGAGAUUGCAAAGAAGAAGCUGGCGAUUGAUUUCUUGACGCAGACACGGAUGGGCAAGAGUUAUGUCCAUGGCGUGGAUAAACAGGGGAGGCCAAUUUGCUUUGUGAGAGUGAGGCUGCACAAGCAGGGCGAGCAGAGCGAGGAGAGUCUGGAGAGGUACACGGUUUAUCUGAUCGAGACUUGUCGCAUGUUGUUGCAGGGGAGUGUUGAUACCGCGACUAUCGUCUUCGACAUGACCGGCUUCUCCAUGGCCAACAUGGACUACGCCCCCGUCAAGUUCAUGGUCAAGUGCUUCGAGGCCAACUACCCCGAGUGCUUGGGCGCCGUGUUGGUGCACAAGGCACCGUGGAUCUUCCAGGGCAUCUGGCGCGUAAUCCGCGGCUGGCUCGACCCCGUCGUAGCCAACAAGGUGCACUUCACCAACAACAUCUCGGAAAUGUCCGAGUUCAUCUCCCCCGAGAAGCUUCCCAAGGACCUUGACGGUCAGGAAGACUGGGAGUACAAGUACGUCGAGCCGAUCCCCGGCGAGAACGACAAGAUGAAGGAUGAGGAAACCAUUAGCAAGCUGCAAGCCGCGCGCGCCGAGCUGGUCAAGGAGUACGAAGAGGCCACGCUGCAGUGGAUACAAGGUGGUAACAGCGAGGAACUGAAGAAGAAGAGGGACGAGAUUGCGGAAAAGCUGCGGGUGGAUUACUGGAACCUGGACCCGUACGUGAGGGCGAGGAGCUUCUAUGAUCGCAUUGGAGUCCUGCUGCCGGGCGGGAAGCUGGACCCGUUUCUUGAAGGGAAGAAGGAUGGCGUGAGCGGGAUAACAGAGGGUGUGGCCAAGGUGGGGGUGAGUGACACGCAAGCCGAUGAUGUUGACUGA